AUGUCCUGCCUGACAUCUACCCCGACUUUUCUUGCUGUUCCAGAACUGAAGCAUGCAGACCGUCACAGUGAUGUGGAAAGCACUGUGGCGAAUGAGCACAGCGACAUUGAAAGUGUCGAGGACUCUUGCCCUUCUGAAGUCCCAUCGCCGCGCUCCAGUGGUACGGCUGACGCGUGCGAAGACGAGGAGGGCCCAUGCAACGUGGUUGUGAGGAGUACGUUCAUCGAUGUGGAUGAUGGCCGAAGCCUGAUGCAGCGCUACAGGCAGCUGCGCCGAGCGAUGACUGAUUCGCUCUUGAUGGGAGCCUUUGCUGAGGAGGAGCCGUACUACCCAGGUAGAUUCAGCGACGAACGAGCUGAGGCGCCGGAGGCUGCUAGUGAGCCUGCUGUGCCGGCAGUACCGGUGGAGCCAGCCCCGCAGCCGGCAAAAGCGACGACACAGAAGGACGCCAAGCACGCGACUGGUGAGCGCACCACCGUGAUGCUGAGGAACGUUCCAAACAAUUACAAUCGUGACAUGUUCCUGGCCAUGCUGGACGAGCAUGGCUUUGCCGGGCGCUACGACUUCGUCUACCUGCCCUGCGACUUCUACCGCCAGGCCAACCUUGGCUACGCCUUUGUGAACCUCGUGGACGACGCGGCCGUCGACGCCCUGUGGCAGACCUUCGACGGCUUCUCGGGCUGGUCCCUUCCCACGGCGAAGGUUUGCCAGGUGAGCUGGAGCGGCCCGCACCAAGGCUUCAAGGCGCGGGCGCAUGUGGAGCGCUACAGGAACAGCCCUGUGAUGCACCGAAGUGUGCCAGACGAGUACAAGCCUGUCAUCUUCAAGAACGGUGUGCGUAAGAACUUCCCACGACCCACCAAGAAGGAACUUUGUACAGACAAGGCAAGAAUGGCCCAGAGCCGUCUCUUGCCCUGCGCUGCCUUCGGGCAGCGGGCUGCCAGCGGUGAGCAGGCUGUGCUACACCUGAGCUACAAGGAACUGAAGCAUGCAGACCGUCACAGUGAUGUGGAAAGCACUGUGGCGAAUGAGCACAGCGACAUUGAAAGUGUCGAGGACUCUUGCCCUUCUGAAGUCCCAUCGCCGCGCUCCAGUGGUACGGCUGACGCGUGCGAAGACGAGGAGGGCCCAUGCAACGUGGUUGUGAGGAGUACGUUCAUCGAUGUGGAUGAUGGCCGAAGCCUGAUGCAGCGCUACAGGCAGCUGCGCCGAGCGAUGACUGAUUCGCUCUUGAUGGGAGCCUUUGCUGAGGAGGAGCCGUACUACCCAGGUAGAUUCAGCGACGAACGAGCUGAGGCGCCGGAGGCUGCUAGUGAGCCUGCUGUGCCGGCAGUACCGGUGGAGCCAGCCCCGCAGCCGGCAAAAGCGACGACACAGAAGGACGCCAAGCACGCGACUGGUGAGCGCACCACCGUGAUGCUGAGGAACGUUCCGAACAAUUACUCUCGUGACAUGUUCCUGGCCAUGCUGGACGAGCAUGGCUUUGCCGGGCGCUACGACUUCGUCUACCUGCCCUGCGACUUCUACCGCCAGGCCAACCUUGGCUACGCCUUUGUGAACCUCGUGGACGACGCGGCCGUCGACGCCCUGUGGCAGACCUUCGAGGGCUUCUCGGGCUGGUCCCUUCCCACGGCGAAGGUUUGCCAGGUGAGCUGGAGCGGCCCGCACCAAGGCUUCAAGGCGCAUGUGGAGCGCUACAGGAACAGCCCUGUGAUGCACCGAAGUGUGCCAGACGAGUACAAGCCUGUCAUCUUCAAGAACGGUGUGCGUAAGAACUUCCCACGACCCACCAAGAAGGAACUUUGUACAGACAAGGCAAGAAUGGCCCAGAGCCGUCUCUUGCCCUGCGCUGCCUUCGGGCAGCGGGCUGCCAGCGGUGAGCAGGCUGUGCUACACCUGAGCUACAAGGGACGGCGCUUGUAA